AUUUUUGUAUUUAAUCAUGUUUGCUGUUUCAUAAAUUGUUUUGUGUUUAAUUGCCAGUAACUGGGUCAUAUUGUCACAAAAAGUAAACGUGUACUGUAUCUUUUUCCAUUGCAAUAAUGUUGUGACUGUUCAAUAGGUUUUUUUACAGUUACGUGUCUUUAUGAACUUAGAUAUUUCCUAGUCAGUAAUUUACUAGUAACUUAAUUCAUCUGUUAAAGCAUACCAAAAUAUUAAGCAUUUUGCACAGGCCUACUAAUUCAUCUUACAGUUUUUCUCAGUUGCUUUUGAGCAUUUCUCGAAUCAUCCUCCUUAAAAUUGGCUAAAUGUGUGCAUUGUAAACAAUUCAUACAAACGGCACAAGAUCAUUUAUGUCCUGCAAAACCCUGUAACAUGUUCAAAAUCCUCUUUUUACGUUAUAAACAUGUCAGUCCCAUCAAAAUGGCCGUGUGUCACUGUUCAUAAAGACCGUCAACAUUUUAGCUACCCAAAAUUAUAUGUGUCAGUAUUUUGAUGUAAACUGUGGACCAAUUCACAUUUUACCUUUUUUUCUGUAAACAAAUGUCACAUUUUCUGUAACUCAAUUUUUCAAGAUUCACUUGAAAGCAAUUUAUCAGUUCAGUUCACAUUUACAAAAGACUAAAAAACCUAUAGACAGCAUGCCUACAGUAACAGAUUAUGACACAAAGGUCAGCAAUUUUGCAUGACAUGUCUUGUACGAUUAACUAAUUCCUAAAUGUUUUGAGGUGACUAUUCAACAGAAACCAGUAUAAUGUAUUUUGACAAAAAUGACACAAGCAAUUGAAAAUGUAGGAAACAAUUGUACAUAGGCCUAAUCAUCUGCAUGAUUGUACCAAAGCAUUUGAAAUUUGUCAAAAACAAUGAGAAUUUGAUGUUGUGGCUUGAAAACUGACUUCUUGAUGUGGAGGUUGAACUGUUCUGAAAAAUUAAUUUCUGAUGUGAUAAAUGCGGUGUUGCACAAACCGAUCGGCGUAUCGCGAGAGCGAGUCGAAAACCACAGCAUUUGAAACGUUCUCGCGGUACUUCGAAGUCACGCGACGAUCGGUUUUCAGAUCGAACACACCAAAUACCUGACGGUCCAAUUAUGAAACCGGAGCUCGCAUUCACACCCCACCCAGAAGGAGGAACCAGCACCUGUUUAAAUGAGGGUUAAAUUGAAUGAAAGCGUUUGGUGAAUUUUUCUGUGUGUGUAUCAAACCCGCGACAUUGAUUGAACGUUUGUGUUUUUUUAGUAAUCACAAACUAUGGGCGCUCCUCUUGUGUUGUGGAUAGUUGGAUUUUUUGUAUUUUUUAGCCUUUGUGUUGACUGUGCAGUGAGCAGCGACAGAAGUUUAGAGGACAAGGGCCGCGUGGAGUUACUCAGAGCGCGUGAUCUGGCGGCGCAGCCCCGCUAUGGAGCGUGUUGGACUCGCGCACUGGAGAAGAUAGAGUCAAACUGCAAAGAGUUCAGUGAUGAUAUGCAGAGCAAGAUUGCGCUGUCAUUCACGCACUGCCACCUGCAAAGGUCAGGUCGGGUUUUUCCAGAUUGUCCUGAAGACAGUGAUGUCAAAACUUGCACGCAAGACAUGGACCCUGUGGCUUUUAACACCUACACCGAGUUUUUCACUCAUGCACACAGUAUAUGUCACUAUCUGCAGAGUGAACGCUGGCAACAAAGAGCGGAAAAUACCAUUCACAGGCUGACUGAGAGUUCGGCUGGUGUGGCAGAGCAGUUGACAUCCACUCAGCGAAUGGCAGAAGAUCUGGUUUUAGCCCAAAGCGCUGCCCUCAAGUCCCAAGAGACCAUCCUACGCAAUGGAGAAGAACUGAAAAGCACGCUGCAAGACUCAACUCAAGGCCUGAGAGAUGUUUUUGCUGAGAUGAGGCAUUCUGCACAGGAGCAGCAGGUGGCUUUUGCUGAGAUCUUUAACCGUGUAGCUUUUCUCCAGAGCUUCAUCAUGUCCGAGACGCACACAUUCAGUUCCCUUUUCUACAACGCUCUGGGCAUCGUCGCGUCUUUUUUUCUGACCUCUGUGCAGCGUACGGCUGGGGCCAGGCGAGUAUCAAUCUCACUCAGUUUGUAG